AUGAUAGGUAUUGGUGUCAAGGACGUUUUCUCCCGCCUCAUCAACGCCUACUUCCAGAGCCGUCUCGGCUUCAGCAAGGAAGAGACAAUUCUACUUCGAAACGAAUACUUCAGAAGCUACGGUUUGAUCAUGGAGGGUCUAGUCUCCAAUUAUCAGGUUGAUCCGCUAGAAUUCAACAGCAUGGUCGACGAUGCCCUUCCAUUUGAUUCCCUCAUCAAGCUCAACCCGGAACUCCGCCAGUUACGGGAGGAGAUCGACAAGGGGAAGUUUAAGCUUUGGCUGUUCAGUAAUGCCCAUAUCACGCAUGUCAAGAGAGUGGUCUGCCUUUUGGGUGUUGAAGAUCUGUUCGAGGGCGCAAUAUACUGUGACUACUCCAAAGAGCCUUUGGUGUGCAAACCACAGUCUGCCAUGUUUGAAACAGCUAUGAGAGUAGCAGGCCCCAAACGAUGUAGCGAUUGCUAUCUGAUUGCAGAUGAUUCUUAUCGUAAUUGUCAGGGUGCAGAGUCAUUUGGCUGGACCGCGGUGCAUUUAGUGGAAAAAGGCAUUGCCAAAGAACCAGCCUUCAGACAUCAAAUUCGAAGUCUUGAAGAAUUACGUGAGAUUUUUCCUGGUUGGUUCAAAGGUCAAGCCAACGGUUAA